UGCGUGUGUUUUUAUCUCUUUUUUGGUAUUUUUGGGUCUUGUUUGUAUUUAGUUUUUCUUGACUGGUUGUGAAAUUUUAGUACUAUCUCUUGUCACAUUUUUAAUGUUCCCUGAAAGAUUUUUAUUUUUGUUUGGGUCGAAAAAUUAGAAAUGAUAAAUGGGCUAUUCCUACUUUUGGAUUAGACGUUCAGCUAAAGAGAUAGAAGAAAUGAUUACUUCUACUUGAGAGUUGUUGGGUAUUUCGUUUUUUUUUUUUCCUUUUUCUUUGGCUUCACUUCUCUGAGAUCUAGUGGGGUAUGGCCAUUGCAAUUAGCCAUUGUUCCUUUAUUGGCUUGCAAUGCAAGUGUGUACAAAAAGAUUGGAUUUUUAAUCACUCCUGUUUGUUUAUUAGUAUCUUUCUGACCCACAUUGGGGAUUAUAGAUUGCUUAUUGUUGCAGGAUUACUUGUACGAGAUCAAAUUUUUUUCUUUUUCCUUUAUCUCUUGGAAAAUUUUUCUCCACUAGCUUUGCUUGAUUAGUAGGGUCCUGGCAUUUGGGGUAUAAGUUCUUUGCAGUGCUGCUUCAUGUGUAGGAAAUUUGUUUUACAUGUGCCAAUGAGAUUGGGACAUGGAGUUGGAAUUUGACAAAUAUUGCAUAGUGGAUGGAAGUCCAACAACUGUUCUUCCAUCUCCUCGGUGUCAUUCAAAAGUUGAAAAGAGGAAAUCAAAAGGUUAUCCAAGACAUGGAAAUGAUUUAUUGACCGUGAAUGAAGACUUCAGUGAGAUUAGCUUCCAUCGCUAUCGUAGUGUUUCCUGUAAGAACACUUCAUCCAGGACAACUCCUCUGGGAUAUGAUGAAGUGCGAAAGAGGGGCUCCGUCUAUCAAAGCUCCAAAGAAGUAAGGUUGAUGAGGAAAACUGCUGCUACAGAAGGCAGGAAAAAAAUCGAAUUCUCACAGAGCAGUGCAACUGCACUUUCAUUUGGAAUACUUGAUUCUUUGUGUGGUUCAGACGAGGAAAGCUCACAAGUGGAGCAGAAAAGAUCCUCAGUGAUGUCACAGAACUCAGACUUCAGUACAGCAGCAAUUUGCAAGUCUGGUGCAGAUUUGCAGUCUGAUGAUUUCUUAGAUAUCUGCCUCAAUCCUGUAUCAAUCAAAGGUAUCCCACCAGAUGGCUCUUCAGAACUUUCUUUUGAAUUAGAUGGUAGGGAUGAUCAAUGUGCUGAAAAUGCAGAGAGGCAGUCCGUGCACGGCCCUAAAUUCAAAUCUAAACCAGUAGUUGUUCCUGUCAGUGAUGGUAACAGCCUACAUGAAAGAGAUCCAGGUUUUUCUUUACACAAAUCUUUAUCAGCCAAAUUAGCACUUCCACAUUCUCCUGCUCGAUCAGAGAGUGAUUCCUCCAGAACCAGUAGUCCAAUGACCAGGUUUGGUCCUGUCAGAAAGGUGUUUGAUCCAUUUGUGAAAUCCAAGUCGCAAAGGAGUCCUCUUAGUGCUUCAGGUGAAACAAUUAGUAGAAACCCAACUGGGCUUGUUAGUAUCAGCCGAAGCAAGACAUCUCGCAAGUCUCUGCUUCAUGAUUUUUCAAACACUGGACAGCGCAUGGAAUUUCAGUCUUGGUCAAUGAAGGACAAUAAUAAUCAAGUUGUCCAGAGCACAGUAGCUCACCUUCAGGGCAUUCUCAAGGUGAAUAAGAAACACGAGUGUCCAAUUUUUGAGUUCUCAACAAAGUUUCCUGAAGACUUUUUUGUUGCCAGGACAUGGAAAGUGGGUAAUGCCUUAAAUUGGAUUUAUACUUUUCAUUCAGUUAAUGAAAGAAGGAAAAGUAAUGCUAGUGGACGUGGUUCCAAAGAAAGCCACAGAGUAUCUUCCAUGGUAGGACAGAUGCAGGUGUCCUGUUAUUUAUCUGCUGAGUUAAAGGAAGCUGGAGCUUUUGAUAACUCUAUGAUGACAGAAUUUGUGUUGUACGAUAUGCUACACCCAAGAAAGAGUGUUUCCUCGCAAGACAAUUGUUGCUUCAUUGAAGUUGCUGAAGCACCCAAGGCAUCAGAUGAAAAUUCCUUUGUAGGUAGUCAUAAUUUGGAUGCAGGCUCUGUCAAAACUAAGAUCAAAGGACAGGCAAAGCAUGGUUGUGAUUCUGGUCAUGUUGAGUCAUCAAUGACUUACCCUCUGCCAGCUGCAGAAUUGCAUCCACACCUUCAAAUAGGAGCUAUUGUUGUGCAAGUUCCUUAUGAAAAGAGAGAGAGUUUGAAAUUUAAAAGCAGUGACAAGAAAAUGGAUCUACCACUGUUGAACUUUCUUGAUCACUCCGGUGGUGAACAUGAGAAGGAACUUGUUCCUGAUUCUGUGAGUCCAGUAAAGAUGGAUGUCGUAAUCCCUUCCGGUAAUCAUAGUCUGCCAACUUCUGAAAGUCAUGGCCCUUCACCUUUGAUGGAUAGAUGGAGAUUAGGUGGAGGUUGUGAUUGUGGUGGUUGGGACAUGGCAUGCCCCCUGCACAUAUUUAGCAAUCUUCGUAUCCGGAUGGCUGACAGUCAUCUCCUUAUGGAUAAUCGGCAGCCACUGAAGCUUUUUUUCCAGGGAAAGAAAGAUACUACUCCAGCACUGACGAUGGCAGUGAUGCAAGAUGGACAGUAUGCAGUUGAUUUCCAUGCGCAGCUAUCCACAUUACAAGCAUUUUCGAUAUGCGUUGCUGUGUUGCAUAUCAUGGAAUCCUCUGUUAGUUCAAGACAAGAAGAAAACAAGCAAUUAUUGCAAAGCAAUUCUUUGAGAGUGUUCAUUGAGGAGGAAGUCAAAAAUCUCAUUGAUGCAGUCACAGAAGAAGACAAAUGUAAGGGCAACAAAAAGAUGGCCGAAGUCUUGCCAUCUUUUAUAGUCAAUCCACCCUUUUCUCCAAUUGCUCGAGUAUAGGCUUGAUUGUAUGCAAUAAAAAAUUGGAAGCAGUGAGACACAAAUGUUGUGCAGCUGGAAAUAAGUUUGAAGCUGCUAGAUGCACUGGGAUUAUUGGAUUCUUGAAAACAAAAUCAACAUAUGCUUGAUGAUGUUAAAAUGAAGAUGCAGACAAUCCCAGAUUUUGUUUUCGUGCCUCGACAGAGCAACAGUCAAAAAAGUGGGUUACUGGAUUGGAACUGGUCAACCUUCCUCUUGUAUUCUUGAUUUGUUUUUCUCACUUUAGGGAUCGAUUCAUAGAGUAAAGACCACACUGUUUAUAAUGUUAGAUAUUAGCAACGGAAUAGUCAUCAUUCAAUUGUUGAGAGCUAGCUCUUCAUUUUUGUAAUUUAUGAUUAUCUUAGGUCUUAGGGAGAGUAUCCUGGAGUUGUUUAUUAAGAUUCACUCUUUAAUCACAGAGGCAAGUGGCACUCGUACUUCCAGAACUCUGUAACUAUACAAUAAGGGAAAGUGACUUGCUCAUCAAUACUUCUUUCUUUAUUACUCAUCCAGGACUGUGUGCCUAUUCUACAUUUUGCAGAGUAUAGCCGGGCACGUCGGCUUGGUGAUUCUU